CCACUAGUAGGAGGUGUGGAGUCAUGAGUUCAUAGUGCAACCACAUUCAGCACCCACGAGGAAGCUGGGCGCACAUUGAUGAUAUCACCACAGUAAUGCUGACGCUACUACAGCAGAGCUUGUGGCUCAACCAAAGUAUUAUCAGUAUCCUAAACGUUUUUCCAAAAUGAGCACAAUGUUUGCAGACACGAUCCUGAUUGUGUUUAUAUCUAUUUGCACAGCAUUAUUAGCGGAAGGAAUAACAUGGGUUCUGGUAUACCGCACAGACAAAUACAAGAGACUAAAGGCCGAGGUUGAAAAACAAAGUAAAAAACUGGAGAAAAAGAAAGAGACAAUUACAGAAUCAGCUGGGCGUCAGCAGAAGAAGAAAAUAGGUGAGAUCAUUAAAAUUAUUUUUGUCCGGAUGAAAUCAAUGUUUGCCAUUGGCUUUUGCUUCACUGCUUUGAUGGGCAUGUUCAAUUCCAUCUUUGAUGGUCGUGUUGUAGCCAAACUUCCAUUUGUCCCAUUGUCAUAUAUCCAAGGCCUCUCACACCGCAACCUCCUUGGUGAAGAUUACACUGACUGUUCCUUCAUCUUCCUCUACAUUCAACUAUCUAUCUAUCUAUCUCAGAACAUCCAGAAGAUGUUGGGUCUCGCCCCCUCCCGUGCCGCCACCAAACAGGCUGGAGGAUUUUUAGGACCUCCUCCACAAGCUGCCAAGUUUUCAUGAACAUUUGUAGAAACA